AUGAUCUCUAUUUCCAUUUAAAGACAUGUGAAUUAUGGUGAAGUAAUUUUGAUAGUUGGAGAUUGUCAUUAAGUGUAAUGGAAUGUAUAAAAUGGAAUUUAGAUGGAAUGGAAUCCAGGAGAUAUUUGGACAACUAGAAUAGAGUGUUGUUGUUUACCUAUGAAUUAUAGAUAUGUUAUAGUCAAAUAAAACAAUCGAUAAAUUGUUGAAUGGGAAGAUGGAAUAAGUAGAGUUUUAAAUUCCAAACAUGAUAUAGAAGAUGAGUGGAGUCAUAUCAAAAUAAGAAUUAAAAUGAACUCUUAUAAUGAUUCAAAAAUGUUUGUAAAUUUAUUUUCAGAAAAGGGAAGAUCCAAAAUUAGACUAGAUUAAGUAGUUACUGACCAAAAUGAAUAUGAGUAUAGAUUGGAAUUGUAAAUUCCUAGUAAAUCAAUUAAUUAAUAUGCAUAUAAAUAUUAAUAAGAUUAAAAAUGGGAACGUAAUGGAGUUAGAGUAUUUACUAAACAUCCUAUUAUUAAUAAUGUUAUCGAGAUAGUAGAUUCUGAUGUAGAAUUUACUCUCAAUUAUAAUUAAAUAUUGGAGAAUAUCUAUGUUGGUUCAUUUCUAUAUAGCGAGUAAAAUAUUAUAUAAUAAGUUUUUAGUGAAAUUCACAUUCUAUAGAAAUUAGGAGUGGAUGCUAUUGUUAAUUUAUAAACUAUUGAAGAUCUAAUUAAUAAAGAUUUAUAAGAGGAUUACUUUGAUUAUAUAAGAUAAUCUUGUGAAUCUUAUCAAAUAACCUAUUCGCAUUUUCCUAUAAGAGAUUGUAAUAAACGAUCCUUCUUGAAAAAGGGAAUGCAGGCUCAUUAAAUUUUAAAGAAACUAAUUUAAGAAGGGAAAUGUGUCUAUGUGCAUUGCACUGAUGGCAUUUAGAGAAGCAUUUAAACUAUCAUACUUUAUUUAGUAUUGGAUUUAAAUUAUUCUCUGGAAGAUGCUAUUAUACUUGUAAAAGAAAUCAGAAAAAGAUCAAAACCUAUUCGAGAAGUAUUGUAGUAACUCUUGGAACAGUGA